AUGAGCUCGUCAGAUGGCGACUCCCAGAGCAACUCCAGCAUCACGAACCAGCAAUCCCCUUCGCAUUCGCAAAAUGUCUCAGCAAACGAUCCCCCCAAGAAGAGUAUUCUCUCCUUUCAGACGAGCAACGAGGUGAAUGCACUCGCGAAGAAAUACCGCACCGAGAUCGCCGCAUCCACCUCCUCGAUCCUCUCGACGACCGCGACCUUCCCGCUCGACUUCGUCAAAUCGCGCAUGCAAUCCUACCGAACCAGCUUCGUGGCGACCGUCAAAGAUGCGUACAAGGCCGAGGGACUUCGUGCAUUCUGGAGGGGCGUCUUCCCGCCGCUUAUUAGUAUUACGCUGGUGCGGACGAUCUCCUUCUCUCUCUAUCAGAAGUCGAAGUAUGCGUUGGACCACACCAUCCACCAAAUGACGGGCGAGAGCCCGCUCAUGAUCGCAAACGCACCGGGAAGCUAUCCUACAUGGAGCACCCUGCUGUGCUUUGGUGCGGCGGGCGCGACGGCAGGUGCUGUUAUCACCAGCAUUUCCUGUCCGUUCGAACUCACCAAGCUGAACGAACAACUCGCGGGCAAGAUGGCGAGGGAUGCUGCUGAGGCGAUGAAGAAGGGAGAUGCUCCUGGCGGACAAUCUGGCAGUACUUCUUCGGCCGCUGCUACCAAUGCCACGAAGCGGUUCCCGUCUAGUCGAUUUGCAUACAGACUGGUGAAGGAGAAGGGCAUACGAGGGCUGUACACGGGCUUUGGGCUGCACAUGUUGAGGGAUACCAUCGGCACAUCCAUCUACUUCAUGACGUACGAAAGCGCGAAGCAACUGAUGGGGAAUGCUCGUGGUAAGAGCGCGACCAGUCCAUACGCUGUUGCGAUCGCUGGAGGGCUGUGUGGAAUCGUCAGUUGGAUGAUUGUGAGUUGUUGCGAGAUCGUGUCUUGACGGGCUGGAACUGACGAGUGGACGCUCAGAUCUAUCCCAUUGACGUUGCAAAGACUGUCUACCAGAAAGCCGCCGUUUCGUCUGGAGCAGAGAAGGUGCAGAGACCAGUGAUCAAGGUUUUGGACAGACAAGCAUAUCGAGGUAAGAAGGGCAUCAUCCGAGAGGACAUGCCCACAGCGACUGACCGAUGUCGUCGCAGGUCUCCUAGUUUCGGUCGUGCGGUCGUGCAUCAUCAACAUGAUCUUCUUCAGCAACUUUGAAUUCGUCAAGAAGCGAGUCAAUGCAUUGGAGGUGUGA